AAAAGCAUCACUAAGCUGCUGCAAGACGCUUCAUUAUCCGAAAGACGAUGAGAUUGCAUCUCGUACAACAACAGGCCGGAUUACCUUCGUGACGCACAGUCCACGAUCGCCUUUGUGAUCCUACAUUUCGGCCCUGGAACGACGGAACGUGACGACUGUUAUCAUAGUUCAAACAAAGCCCAUUCAUUACCUAUAAUAGGAACCCGGGGACAAUGGUCCCAGCACCGCCGCCCUUGCCCACACGGUUCCCGUGCUGGUGCAGAGCUGUCUAUUCGUGGGGAGGAGAGUCUACCCGAGACCUGGGAUUCAUCGAGGGGGACCUGAUCGAGUGCCUAAAUGCAGGCGACGGCUCAUGGUGGACCGGAAGGCUACGGCGCAACAAGACUGUUGGCGUCUUCCCGUCCAAUUUCGUCGAAGUGCUGCCUGACGAUUUCCGGCCCAUUAGUAGGUCGAUAAGCCCUUUGACCUCGAGCAACACGCCCAGCCCAACCAGCAGCCUGCAAAAAACAAAAUCGAAACCUUUUCGCAAGCCUUUCGAGGCAUAUGCCAAGGCGCCCCAUUACACGACGGCAAAACAACCUGAAAUUAUACGACAGCCUUCCUUUACGCCCCCCAGAAAAGACUCUAGAAAAGACUCUGCUAGUUCUUUCCGGAAUAGUGUUCGCGGGAAGACUGCCCAUGCUCCUACACCCCCUGAGGCUCGCGAAUAUGUUUCGAGGGCGCCAUCACCUGCACCUCAUAAUGCACACCAUCGUGCAGCCUCACCAGCACCGUAUGCUUCUUCCUAUCAAGAACGAGCUCCGUCCCCAGCUCCGCCUCGAAUGCUCGAGUAUAACCCUCGCGCCCACUCGCCGGCACCUCCCAUAGACUCUUAUCAACCUCGAGUUCCUUCUCCAGCGCCUUAUGUUGGUUCCUAUCAUAGUCGAGCUCCUUCUCCAGCUCCAGUUCAUAUCUCUUCCUAUAGCCAAAGGGCCCCUUCGCCCGCUCCACCUCACGUGCCUAACCACCACAGAGCACCCUCACCAGCACCGCCUGUAAUACACCAUUAUGGUAGUCGAGCGCCUUCACCUGCGCCGCCGCAGGUGCAAGCUUUUGAGUCACGAGCACCAUCUCCAGCUCCUUCAUUUAGCUUUAAGCCCUAUCGGCCAGGGGCAGAGCGCGAAUCGCCUCCACCGCCCGCCCCGCCUCCUCACCGUAGCCUCAUAACUAGAGGAAAUUCAAAUGCGUCUUAUGAUGCCCGAUCCCGUCCGCGGGGAUACAAUACGCCCCGCGCAGUCUCGCCAGUACCGCCUUCUCCAGCAGGUGCCGGUUUUACCCCUUCACCCCUUCGUGAGGCGAUGGAUGGCGUAAUUGAACAGCUAGACGCAUUAGGUAUGCCACGGCGGAGUGGCUCUCCAGAGCCUGCUUUUGACCCAUGGUCUCCAGAGUCCUUUGACUUGGUUCAUCGACGAUCCCGUAAGAAGCAGGCAAGGCCUCAGACUUCCAUGGCACUUACUCACCAAGAUUCCGGUUAUGAAUCGUAUGGCGGUGGUGGUGAGUCGUCACAGGAGAGCACUAUUCACAGUGGUUACAAAGAGGAGCACCCGCUUCCUCAGCUCGAUGAUUAUGUAGAAAGGAUGGAGUCUCGGCUUCGAAGGAUGCACCAGCAUACAUCGAGUAUGGUGUCCGUCGGUCCUGGUGUAGAACCUGCGCCGCCCCCACCACUCAAAAGUCAUCAUAUAACACGGCCGAAGUCCUCAAUGGGCGAUCAUCCCCGUAAAGAACGCAGUCUACGCAAGCAGAAGUCGUCUUACGAAGUAGGACUUAUAGGCAGAACCGCGACUACAAAGACCAACUCCACCAAUUCUUCUUCGGGAAAUCAAAGUAGCACGACAACAACCAGCACCAACACCCAAAGCACUAACCACACCCUAAUGAGUGGCACUUCUGCUGGUGGAAUAAGCUCAACUAGUGCAGGCAGUUUAGCAAGAAAGAAUCGGGUACGAAGUGCCCUAGAUUUCAGGGAUGGUGAUGAAGAUUGGGAUCCGAAUCGGCCUACAACGCCGUUUACUGGUGUUUCUUACCAUCCAAGCCACUCGACAUCUGCCAUGAGACCCAAAUCGCAAGCCGGCUUUAAUGAGGUAGGCAUUGCUGAUGUUGGGGGUCUUGUACAUCCAGCGGAGGUAAAACCUAAGAAGGCGAAUUUCAUCAAAAGAAUAUUAGAUGCGACAAAAACCGGUGUUGCAUCCGGCCGAAGCAGUAUAGCAACUGGUUCUGCAUCGUUGCACUCAUCUCCGACCAAACGCUCGAAGCCUGACGGCAUUACAGCUAUUGCAGGUGGCCUCAGUACGACAAACUUGAGUCGAGAUGCCGCUCGUGAUAUGGGACUUGACAGUGGAAUAGACUGGGUCCAAAUCCGACGUGAUGUGAACCGGUCUAACACUUUAAGCAAGAAUGAACGCAACGAGCGACGAGAUCGUUGCCAGAUGAUGGACUAUCCCGCAAUUGAUCCUGUCGAUGAACUUUAUGAGAGUAUUGAGGGAGAUGAGGGCGCGGAUGGGCAUCCGGUUCGGGAACCGAUCAACUACCAAGGUCUGAAUCUUAGCCAAGUUGACAAAAAUUCGAGAUUUGUCAGCAAUUUACCGCCAAUGACAACCUCGGUAACACUCGCAACCACUUAUGUCUGUCGCCCAUAUAGAAGCGAUGUGCAGCGGCUCCGCGCCAUUUUCGUCUGGGUUGCUGAACAAGUCAAUUGGGAGGAAGAUUUCGAAGGCGAAGUUGACACACGACGGGUCAUACAGACUAGGCGAGCAUGCGCCGAGGAGUACGCAGUCCUGGUUCAUGAGAUGUGUGCUGCUAUUGGCAUUCACUCUGAAAUUGUUCGGGGCUACCUGAAGACUCCUGGCGAAGUGCCCGAAACUAGUAUUAUGCCUCGGCCGAAUCAUUGGUGGAAUGCCGUACUUGUUGAUGAUGAAUGGCGUAUGAUAGAUUGUUGUCUGGCGAGUCCUUCUAACCCUCGGCGUGGCCUUUAUUCGAACGCUGGCAGCGGAACCGCUGAGUUUUGGUGGUUCCUGACUAGGCCUACGGAGCUUUGCUGGACGCAUAUUCCAGAACAUCAUGCGCAGCAGCACAUCUGCCCUCCUGUGGCCCACGAAACCCUCCUUAACUUGCCAGGCGCUUGUCCGCCGUAUUUCAAAAACACCAUAGCCAUGGUUGACUUCAAUACAUCCCUCACCAGAAUCGAGGACUUGGAAAUGCUGCACAUAAAAUUCAACGUGCCGGAUGAUGUAGAGGUAGCCGCAGAAGUUGAAGUUCGAGCUUAUUCGCGCGACUCGGACGGAGACUGCUUUGAGAGUGGUGAUGUGGUUAAAAAGCGGGCUUUGGCCCAGGCAGAAUGGUACAACGGUAUGAAACGCUACACGGUCAAAGCGCUCCUGCCAGGAGACGAGGGCACAGGCAUCUUGAAAGUCUAUGCUGGCAAAAGGGGUCUCAUGCAUAGCAUCAAGGAUAUACCUCAUCCUCUCGCCUUCGCGCUCCCCAUUAUCCACACUGGUGAGAAUCCGCCUUAUGAGUUCGUGACACGUCAUCCGACACCCCAUGCCCAGCGUCACGACAUAUACGUUGUGCAGCCGCAAUGCCAACGUCUCGCUUUGAACAACACAUUCGUCUUUGCCAUCCGGCAACACCCUUCCAGUUUGGGCAACGGUGCCUCAAGUAACCCGGGUGGUACGAGCCCAGUUCCCUUCGCGCGACCAACUAGUGCUAUGAGCAUGACCAGCAGCGCCGCGGCAUCGGCCCCCAGCUCAGCGACCGGAAGCAUAGCGGGCAGGAAGCCAGCUAAGUUAGCCAUCCAAACCCCAGGUGGCAAGAUCCUGAGGCUUAUGAGGAAAGAGGAGCGAAGGGGCAUCGGCGUCGGCGGACGAAGUUUCAGCGCCGAAGAUGAGGCUAGUGAUGGAGGUACCUGGGAGACGAUUAUCAAAUGCUCAGAGCGAGGCGUUUGGCGCGGCCUCGUCCUGGCGGAUCGGACCGCGCGGUGGUGCGUUUUCGCUGAGUGGACGUGCGUGGGCUAGCCGAGCCGAGCCGAGCUGAGGUACAGCUCAUUUUUGCAUUCACAUGCGAUGUCGAAUAUUGUAUCAUGAUGGUCAUCCACAACGAUUUGAUAUGGAAGUGCGAUUCUGUGAUCGCGCGCGUUCUGCUCGGCGUUCUUGUACGACGAAUUGGGAUUCUCGGAUUUAUAUACAAAUGGCGUUUUGUAAAAUCGGACAAGUGCAGACUGUAG